AUGGUCAAGACCUCCGUCCUCAACGAUGCGCUCAACGCCAUAAACAACGCCGAGAAGGCCGGCAAGCGCCAGGUCAUGAUCCGCCCUUCCUCCAAGGUCAUUGUCAAGUUCUUGACCGUCAUGCAGCGUCACGGCUACAUUGGCGAGUUCGAGGAGGUCGACGACCACCGCAACGGCAAGAUUGUUAUCCAGCUUAACGGCCGCAUCAACAAGACCGGUGUCAUCUCCCCCCGCUACAACGUCCAGCUCCGUGAUGUUGAGAAGUGGGUCGUCAAGCUCCUUCCUUCUCGUCAAUUCGGUUACAUCGUCCUGACCACCUCCGCCGGUAUCAUGGACCAUGAGGAGGCCCGCCGCAAGCACGUUGCUGGCAAGAUCCUCGGUUUCUUCUACUAG